CGGUGGUGCCACGAGCACCGCCCCGCGCGGGCCCUUAAAGCGGCCGCUGCCCGCCCGUCCGUCUGUCCGUCCGUCCUCCCCGAGCCAUGCGGCGGCUCGUCCUCCUGCUCUGCGCCGCCCUCAGCUGCUGCCCCGCCGCCCCGGGAGCAGAUGCCACCGAGCUGCUGGAGGACAAACGGGAGCGUGCACCGGCUCCGAAGAAGCAGGUGAAGUUCAAUGUCCGCUCCUCGCUGGACACCGAAGAGGAUGGUUGUGCGCUCAUCGUCGGGCAGGACAAGUGUCUGGAGGAUUGCAAGUUCAACCUGACGGCCAAGACCUUCUUCAUCAUCCAUGGCUGGACGAUGAGUGGCAUGUUCGAAACCUGGCUGGGCAGCUUGGUAUCCGCUCUUCAGGAGAGGGAGAAGGAUGCCAACGUGGUCGUGGUGGAUUGGCUGUCGCUUGCCCACCAGCUCUAUACUGAUGCUGUGAACAACACACAGGUUGUUGGAAAAAGCAUAGCAAGGCUGCUUGACUGGUUACAGGAAAACCCGCUCUUCCAGCUUGAGAACGUCCACCUGAUUGGGUACAGCCUGGGCGCUCACGUUGCUGGCUUUGCUGGUAACCAUGUCCAUGGGACAAUAGGCAGAAUUACAGGCUUGGAUCCAGCUGGGCCAAUGUUUGAAGGAGUGGACCCUAGCAAGCGCCUCUCCCCAGAUGAUGCUAACUUUGUGGAUGUCCUUCACACCUACACAAGGGAAACACUAGGUGUUAGUAUCGGGAUCCAGAUGCCUGUGGGACAUCUUGACAUCUACCCCAAUGGGGGAGACUUCCAGCCUGGCUGUGGAUUAAGUGAUGUCUUGGGAGCAAUUGCUUAUGGAACAAUAGGUGAAGUUGUUAAAUGUGAACAUGAGCGGUCUGUGCACCUCUUUGUGGACUCUCUUGUGAACCAAGAUAAACAGAGCUUCGCGUUCCAGUGUACCGAUUCCAGUCGCUUCAAGAAGGGAAUCUGCCUAAGCUGCCGGAAGAACCGCUGCAAUGGCAUUGGCUACAAUGCCAGGAAGACAAGGAGCAAAAGGAACAGCAAAAUGUACUUAAAAACAAGAGCUGACAUGCCAUUCAAAGUCUACCAUUAUCAGAUGAAAAUGCACGUCUUCAGCUACAAUAGCCUGGGGGAGGCUGAUCCCACUUUCUCUGUCACCCUUCAUGGCACCAAUGGAGACUCUGAACCUCUCUCUUUAGAAAUGCUUGAUCAAAUUGGCCUAAAUGCCACCAACACCUUCCUGGUCUAUACUGAGGAGGACAUGGGUGAACUUCUAAAAAUAAAGCUCACCUGGGAGGGAACAUCUCAGUCAUGGUAUGACCUGUGGAAAGAGCUGAAGAGCUACUGGUAUCGGCCUGUGAAGUCCUCCCAGGAGCUGCAUAUCAGACGCAUACGUGUGAAGUCUGGGGAAACACAACAGAGGUUUGCAUUUUGUGUGGAGGAUUCCCAGCUGACCAGCAUAUCUCCUGGUAAAGAGCUCUGGUUUGUUAAGUGCCCAGAGGAAUGGCAAAAAAGAUCUGUCUCAAAUUCGCUCUGAAGACUUCUCUAAAGACUCACAACUGAGCAACCUAGAUGCAUGAAGACCACACAGGUGGAAAAAUGCCCUGGCAAAAAUCUGUCUUGCUAGCACUUAAAGCAACUAGCUCUUCAUGACAAAACAUCUUGGAUCAGAUGCAAGACACUGAGGAGCAAUUUAUGGACCACAGCCCUAGACCUAGAAUAACUAAAACUACAUUCUCGCUUCCCCAGGGAGCCUGGUUUGUGCAUUUAACCUUAUCUUGGCCUGUUACACCCUGCAUUUCUUCCCUGUUCUCAUUAACCAGGACUGUGGAUGAGAUCUCCACAGAUCUAGACCUCAGCAAUGAUCUUCUGGUCUGCCUGCCAGUGGAGUUGAGAAGAUAACCAUGUUAACUGCCCAUAAGACUGUGGGCAACAGAGCUGCCAAGAACAAAUUAGCAUCUAGUGUAGAUGUUACUGUGGGUCCAGUAGCAAUGUGGGCUGUGAGAAGAUGAGACCAGCACAGGUCGAGUGCAUGGGGUUGUUCAGGGGAGGGUUGGGAAUAAGCACAAUGCCACUUAUCUACACGUUGUCCUUUGCUUGCCUUAAAAAUAAUCCGUUCUGUGUCUGGCUGAUACUGAAAUCUCUGUAUAUUGCCUUAGAAGAAGGUAGUACUCCGUCCUCCCUGUACCUAGAGCAGAACAUGGUGCAGAUGGCAGAUGAUGGUGCUGGAAGCUGCUCCUCACUCCCCAGCGUCUGCAGCUGGACUGCCCGCUUCCAUGAGUGGAUGUCUUUGGAAGAGGCAAAGGGCAGCUGCUCUUCUGCUGACGGUCGGGGAGGAGGAAGAUGAUGAGCUAUGCUGCUUCAGAAGAGCUUUGCACCAGUCCUUUUAACUACUGAGAAUGUGUUCACCUCUGUUCAGACGCUGUUGUAGUACCGAUGCAUUACUAAGGUCUUAUUUUUGUGCCAAGUAUUUAACUGAGCCAAACAGACGACAUCCUAUCCUCAUUGCCACAAUAUGCCGGUUGGACUCCCUGGUGCUGGAUGAACUUGGCUUUGCCAAGCAACAGCUGUCCUGUUUGCUACAGCAGAGGGGACGUUGUCAGAGGUGAACUAGAUUUUGUUAUUUGGUUUUUUUUUUCCCCCCCCACUUUGUUUAGAAGGAAACUUGGUGUGACAGCUCUUGAAUUUUGGGGAUACAGAAAGGCAGCCUCAAAAAAUGGUGUUGCCAGAUGGCGCACUAAGUUCUGAAGGCUUAUAAAAUCCUUCUGAGGCCUGCAAUUUUCUGAGUUUUUGUAGAGCUUCACUCCAACCAAAGCAAGCACAUUUGGAGACCCUUUUUUUUUUUUUUCAUGGUUUUAUGCAAAGGCUUCAAUAACUGAAGCCUUUGGUGAGUGUCUGUGACUUGUCACCGUGCCAUACUUAGAGUGGUUUCAAAGCCCUAUUUGUAUAUUGUGGUUUUUGUAUGACUUAAAACAUAAUUUAUUUCUUGUACUGUACAUAUGUAAAGUUUUAAACAUUUCAGAUUUGAGUAACAGUUUUUAUAAGCCUUAAGACAAAAA